AUGCCUGAGUUGACCCUCGUUCCAGGUCACAUGGUCUCUGAUUGUCCAACUUACGUCGAAAAAUGCAAGAACUGCCAUCAAGAAGGUGCGUGUUUUGGGCAUUCGUAUCCGCAUUAUUUUUUUCUGACACAGCUCUCGGGAACAGGUCAUAACGCAAUCGACUGCAAGAAUCCAAAGCUGAUCGACAACCACCGUGUCGCUGAGAAGUCGGAGACCGAAGCAUGGGAACUGCUCAAGCAGGCCAGUGAUGAGAGAGACAUUGGUGAUUUCAAAGAUGCAGUCCAGAUUCUCUCUAAGGCUGCACCUGACUACACCUAUCCUCGCCUUGAGAAGGAAUUCCGCAAGCAGGGACUGGCUAUCUAUCUCAUUGCUAUGGAGAAGGAUAUCGGUGACACAUGGACCAACGUCAACCUUCAGGGAGAGAUCGGCAAGAAGUAUUCGGUGAGCUACUUCACAUCUGACAAGCCUCAACGUCCCACUCUUGUCGAUAAAUGGCCUGCUUCACCAGAGGAGAACAUGAAUCGCCUUGCCGAUGCUGGCAUCCCGCUCGACCGUGGUGUUGACAAGUGCCACAAUUGCGAGAGGGUGGGCCACAAGACCAAGGACUGCCCUGAUGAGCGGAUUACGAGAGAACAAGUCACUGUUACCUGCUAUCUCUGUGGAGAGGCCGGUCAUCGUGUUCGUGACUGCACCCAGGAACGAAAGAAGGCUGGACGCGCUUGCAGAAUCUGUGAAUCCGAGGAUCAUAUUGCCAAGGACUGCCCCAACCGUGAGAAGAAGGCUUGUCGUAAUUGUGGAUCUGAAGAUCACCUGGCCAGGGAAUGCCCAGACCGUGAGAAGCGUACGUGCCGCAAGUGCGGUGAAGAGGACCACAUUGCCAGAGAUUGCACGAAUGCCCCGAAGAGAACCUGCAACAUCUGUGAUGCUGAAGACCACUUGGCCAGAGAGUGUCCCCAGAAGGAUGAGGCGGGACCACGUCCUCGUAAAGAUUGGAGUCAAGUUGUUUGCAGCAUUUGUGAGAAGAAAGGACACGGUCGUGCCAGAUGCCCUCAGGCCGCAGCAGGAGAGAACGCAAAUGCUGAGACCGAUGCUGAAGCUGCGGCUGGAGGCGGAUGGGACACUACUCAGAACAGCAGUUCUGCACAGGCAUCUUGGGAACAGGCUGAAGCUUCAACUCUUGCUGCUCCCGUUGCGGCUCCUGCAGCUUCUGCCUGGUAA